AUGUUUGUCAUUUCUGUGCUGUCAGUUACUGUGAAAGGCAAUCUUAAGCCAUUAGAGUAGUUCAAGAAUCCUCAACAUUGGACAAUGCUUUGAGAACCAGAGAGGACCUAUGUAGCCUAUGGCUGCAUCUGUAAAGCAGUUAAUACUUGAUAAAUGCUGAUGAUGCCGAACAUAAUAUGAAGGCUGGAUGCUCAGGGAUAAAACUUUUUCUAGUGAGUGAUAUUGAGGAAUUUGUUGUUGAUGAUUAAUUAAGAGAGUAAAUUAAUAUAAAGAGACAAGAAAUGCCUUCAUGAAAAGUUAUUUUUAAAGUUAUCCUUUGCAGAACUUCCUCAAAGGCCAACAAAAUACAGCAUAUAAAGAAAUGGUAACAAGAGAAUAAACAUUAGUAAGAAAAAUCAUUGCAAAUGCAAGAAUGACAAAAUUAUAGACCAAUUUCUCAAGAUUACAACUAAAAUUACAAAAAAAUGGGACUACUACUGUCUUGAAGGAAAAAAAUAGUCACCCUCUAGAGGUAGCAGGCAGACAGAUGAAAUUGUGAGAUGCAACUGUUGAAUUCUAACAUUAUGUAAAUUGGUUUUAUGCUGCAGAGACAUGUGUAGAAGUGACAUGAACAAAUGCUUAAUUUGUCUUUCAUUCAAUGGAUUGGAGAGAGAAGAGAGAACUAUAGAUUUUCAAACUACAAGAAACACUUCGAUUUACAAGAAAAUUUGUCUCUGCACAACAAAGAGCAAGAAGCUCUAGAAUACUAUAGGCAAUGGCCUUACAUUAGGAUGCAUGAAAGACAGGUCUAGGUAAUUCACUCAGAAAGGCCUAGGUAGUAAAAUGCUACAAAGUACAGAAAACUGGCCUCUCCCUAAAAUGGAGAACCAUGAUUGGUAAUGUUUGUUGAUUUCUAUGGUGCUCAGUUACAAGUUGAACACAUGUUGUGUGGAGAGGGAACAGAUGCACACAACUGACUCUUAUGAGCCACAAUAAGCAUCUGGCUUCACCCUGGGCCUGGGGACUUCUCAUCCUCUCUUCCAGACACUUCGUAAAUGAGCAGGAUACUGGGCACUAGGAGAGUCCAGGCUCUAGGGAUCUACACGACCACUGUGCAAGGCACCUGGGGCAGACUUCUACAAGAAACAAUUCACAGGCAUGUGAGGGUCAAUGACAAAAUGGGCCUUCAGUUUCUCCUCCAACCACAGCCCAGGUCAUGUCUCCUUAGCAGCAGUGUGCCCUGGAACUGCUGUAAUCUGACAACUUAGGGAGAACAGAUAGAGCUGAAUUCUCUCAGUAGGCAGGUAACUGUUGAACACGGCACCUGACAGUGCUGGACUCAACCUGCCUUCACCUGGGCUACAGUGCCCCAAGAACUGGGCUCCUGAGGACAUUUUGCCUCACAUGAUACUGCUCCCCAACUUUUGCUGACUCUGCACUACAACUGUCAGCUAUCUAGAAAUCUUGAUUACCAAGCUGAACGUCUGCCCUCUUCAGCACUAGCAUGAGCAGCAGCAGGAAGCAGAAAUCUCUGCCUUAAUCAUUCCUGACUGCCACCCAAGUUUCCCCAGUGAGAACUGACAGGGAAGAAUGGAGCAGGAACCACAGGAACAGAGCCAAUAGGAAAUGAAGGGACUCCUCUUGACACUUCAGCAGGAUAGUUCCCCUUUUCCCAUGUGUCUUAAUGUUCAAAGACCACUGCUCCAGAACAGACUUUGUAAUCUGUAAAGAGCCCAGAAGGGAGAGCAGUAGAAGCCCAGGGUGAUCUCAGGGUUGAUGGAGCAGGUGCAGCAUAAUUAACUGAGAAGUAUUUGGGUCAAAUACUAAAACUCGGGUCAAUAACAACAUACUGAAAUUUUUACUGUAUUUCACAUUUUCAAGGUUUUAUUUCUCACGUGCCACUUCUGCAUAUUUAAAGGAUACAGGGGACAAUUCAGUAUGUGUGCAGUGUGUAAUAAGAGCCAGAGUAAUGAGAAGUCAACUCUGGAUACCUCAAAAAUCUGUCUUAGAUGUUUUAAAAUAUUCAAAUAUGACUUAUCAACCAUAGUCACCUUGCUGUGCUAUUGAGUAUGAGAAGAGUUCUACUGUCCAGUUUCAGCCCUGUCCUGUUUACUGUCCUCUCUCCUUCCAAACUCUGUCCACCCUUCUUCCAAACUCUCCUCUUCCAAGACUCUGUAACCACUGCUUGACUCUUAAUUCUGUGAGACAAGCUUUCUAGAGAUUUCAUAGCAGGAUUCACAUGGAAGAACUGUCAUUGACAAUCAAGAAAAUCACUUUCUGUUACCUGUGAAGAAACCCAGUAAGGAUAGAAGGAAUACAGACACUGCAGUCAGAACAUCUGCUAAUGGCAGGUGUUAGAGCAGGACCACUGCAUGACAGCCGGGUCCCCGAUAGUCACUGUCUCGGGUAGAGGGAUACUUUCCACAUUGCUUCAUAGCAUCUUUGCAAGGACUCAUUGUCUUUGAUAGAAAAGUAAAUACAGAAGCUAUUGUUCCUGACCAGUUCCUCAUCAAAGGAUGGAGAUUUCAAAUAUCACAGAAACCUACCCCACAACCACAGAAUAUGACUAUGGGGACUCUACUCCAUGCCAAAAAACUGAUGUAAGAGCCUUCGGGGCUGGACUCCUGCCCCCCCUGUACUCUUUCGUGUUUAUCAUUGGAGUGGUAGGCAAUAUCCUGGUGAUUCUGGUGCUCAUGCAGCAUAGGAGGCUUCAAAGCAUGACCAGCAUAUACCUGUUCAACCUGGCUGUCUCUGAUCUGGUCUUCCUUUUCACUUUACCUUUCUGGAUUGACUACAAGCUGAAAGACAACUGGGUUUUUGGUGAUGCCAUGUGUAAGCUUCUCUCUGGGUUUUAUUACCUGGGCUUAUACAGUGAGAUCUUCUUUAUCAUCCUGCUGACAAUUGACAGGUACCUGGCCAUUGUCCAUGCAGUGUUUUCCCUGAGGGCCCGAACUGUCACUUUUGGCAUCAUCACCAGUAUUAUUAUUUGGGCCCUAGCCAUCUUAGCUUCUAUUCCUGCCUUAUGCUUUUUCAAGGCCCAGUGGGAGUUCACUCACCAUACCUGUAGCCCUCAUUUCCCCGAUGAGAGCCUGAAGACGUGGAAGAGGUUUCAGGCUCUAAAGCUAAACCUCCUUGGACUAAUUUUACCUCUGUUAGUCAUGAUAAUUUGCUACGCAGGGAUCAUCAGAAUUCUGCUCAGACGACCCAAUGAGAAGAAGGCCAAAGCCGUGCGUCUGAUAUUUGCUAUUACGCUUCUAUUCUUCCUCCUCUGGACCCCCUACAAUCUGACUGUAUUUGUUUCUGCUUUCCAAGAUGUUCUAUUCACCAAUCAGUGUGAGCAGAGCAAGCAGCUGGACCUGGCCAUACAGGUGACUGAAGUGAUUGCCUACACCCACUGUUGUGUCAAUCCAAUCAUUUAUGUCUUUGUGGGUGAGCGGUUCCGGAAGUACCUUCGGCAGCUGUUUCAAAGGCAUGUGGCUAUACCGCUGGCAAAAUGGCUGCCCUUCUUCUCUGUGGACCAACUAGAAAGGACCAGUUCCUUAACUCCAUCCACAGGAGAACAUGAACUUUCUGGGGGCUUCUGAUUCAGACCCUAGGUGUCAACCAAGGUCUAGAGGAGAAUGAGGGGGAUAGUAUAUAGCUCUCCAAGACAGAUACUGACAGCUAUUACAGUGGGGAUUCCCAGUCUUGUAGGGUCAAAGGGAACUUUGAGGUCGCUUAGGUACAAGUCACCUAUUCAAUGGUUUCCUUGAACUUCUCUCUGUUAAAAAUGAGAUGAAUAAACAAAGUGGGACAUUAUAGAAAUGGGGAUAAUGAGUGGCUUGGGCCCAACAAGUGAUGGAUCUGUAGUUAUUAACCUAAAAACAAAACCACUACUUUUACUGAAAUCAACACCUAAUGAUGUGAUAUUCUGAGAAAAAUUUAAAGCAUUGUAAUAAAGAAUUUUGUGUAUUUUCAUAUUGACAUAUAUUAUAAAGUAGAUGUUAUGUCAAAAUUAAAACUGUAGCAAACUAAA